AUGACUGACCUCCAACGUGCUCCAUCAAGUCGCGGGGCUCCCGAUGUGGAGGCCAGUGCGAACACUGGGUCUGUGGACGCAUCGACGUCACGAGAGCCAGGAGGCCUGACUCGAUCAGAAGUUAUUCAAGUUCCUCGAUCACCACAGCCAUUGUCUUUGCAGAUAGAUGGACUGAAUGCACGUAUUCAUGAUAAAGUCAUCUCGUUUCCCUCCUACGUUGAAUCAUCCGAACGUGGUAGCAAUACCUCGACCGAUACCCCUCGACCGGAGCCCCAGUCCGCCAGUACAUUCGCAGACUCUUUGUCCAGUAUUCCCCUUUCUUCCUUGAACGAUUCCAGUCAAUCAAUCAAAAUCGAAAAUUCCCAGUCCUCCGUUGAGAUCACACCAACACCAACGAAUUAUUCGACCCCACAAGAACAUUUACCAGUGAAACAGAACGGGAAUGGAAUGGAAGAAGGUGUUCAUACUUCAGGGCAACAUAAAAAUGGAUCCUUAUCCCCACCACAAUCGCCCAACCAUUCAAACCCACUGGCACGACCAGAAAAUGGAGUUUCUUUUGCGCCAGGACACAAAAGGACGGCAACUGGGGAUAUUAAAUCCAUGGCCUCGAGUAUUACAAUACCUCCAAAUCAAGAUGAUGACAAUUUCGGGGCUGCACGGCGACGCUCAAAAAGCACUGGCUCGCCAGCAUACGGAAGUAGAAUAGCACAGUUGUCGGUGCACAUCCGUACCCGUCUAUCAUACGCGGCAGCAAAGAUAGAAAAGUCCCGACAGGCGCGUGAAAAAGACACUCAGCUUGCACUUCGCGGACUUGAAAUUCUAUCAUCAGCGAGCACACCUAACCCCAGUGGGGCUACUUCAACGCCACCGUCAGGCUUAACACCAACUUCUCACCCACAGAACCUAACAUCCACAAGCACAUCUCACAACUCCUCUUCUCAUAACCCCUCCCAAUCAACUAUCUCCUCCCCUGGCAAACUUCUUCCCUUUCCUAAAUUAGCGCCUCCUGUUGAUAUCAUCUCAUCGAAUGGAGAUUCGCGCCGACGCCGGCCAAACCCAAAUACGGGUCCAAAAGAAUUCAAUCGCAGCCCUUAUGUUCGGCAUCAUCGUCGACACCAUUCAGUGCAAGAGCCAUCGGUAACGAAAUCAUUGGGCUCACCACCUGUGCUAGGCCCAGAUACACCACACAUUCCUCCGUCUGCCCGGAUGCCUUUAUCAGCACAACACGAAGUGUACAGAUCACGCACCCAUUCACAAAGCACAUCCAUGGAGCAGGAUGCAAUUGAAACACUCCUAUUCAUGUCCAGCCCUGAAAACUCUGGCUACCGAUCUAGUCCACGUCCUUUACAACCACCAGCCUCACAACUCAGUCUGAAUGAAUCAAUCCAGUCGCACUUCAACGGAGUCAGUGAUCAGAGUUCUCAAAGCGACAAAUCACACAAUAGAAGGAACUUUGAGCUCGAGCUCCGACCAUCUGGAUUUGGGUUGGAGUCGAAUGCUGGAGACGAGAUCGAUCGUAUUCUAGAUCAGAUGGAAAGUGACAGCGAGGAUGAUGAGCGAUAUGCAUCGCACCGGCCUAGAGCCCAAACGCAAACAUCGAAGGGGUAUCAUGGAUAUCGCAGGUAA